UCACAAGUAAAGUGUCCCUUUUUCCUCUAAGAUGCUUUGAUCUUCUCGUUAAGCGUUUUCGAUAUUAAGUUGUUUAACAAAUACCAAAGAAACAGACAAGUGUUGCUGUGCCUCUUCCUUCCUAAAGUUUACCAGUGUAUAGAUGAUGAUGAUGUGGCACCUCUUUUGGCCUUCUGUCCUCCUGGGAUUGUUUUGCACCAUUUGUCCAGCAUGCCCGCUGCAAAUCCAGAAGGAAAAGAACCACUACUACGUCGCCAGGGGGGCAAGUGUCCAGCUACCCUGUGCGUAUACUCACACCGUGGACUCUCGGCAGGACAUGGACGUCUUGUGGAGUAUCGUGUCUGCAGACCGGGACGAGCAGCCCAUCAUUUGGUUUACUGGCGGCCACCUGUAUACUGAUUUGUACAAACCAAUGGAGGGGAGGGUCCACUUUACAUCAGCAGAUCCCCAAAAUGGAGACGCGUCUAUCAGCAUCAAAGAUGUACGUCCCUCAGACAUGGAGAUGUACCGUUGUACGGUGAAGUUACCAGGCGUGGACCAGAAGAACUUAGACCUGACGGUCAUAGAGGCACCCAGUCGGCCUCUGUGCAGUGUGGACAAAGAAUACAACAGUAUGACGCUCAAAUGCAGAUCUCUGCACGGCACCCCACCUUUGCAUUACAUCUGGACCAAGACCAGCGGAAAUAUGGUCUUGUCCACUCAAGCCCUUGUGGACCCCAAAGGAGGCACCUUGCAUUUGAACAACACUGAGCAGGAGUGUGGAAGCUAUCGCUGCACGGUGGAAAGUAUGGUGGGCACCAAACACUGCGACCUUCACUUCAACUGUUCACUGCCCCAGGACAAAAAUAUGAGCAGUCCGCUAUUGCUGACAACCACUGCAUUCGCUACCCUCGUCAUCACUAUCACCGCGCUCUUCAUUGUCGCAGUUGUCCUUGCCGUAGUCCUCUACUGCAAACAAAAAUCGCGAUCCCAGGACAUUGAAAUAACAAUAUACAGUGCUGCUCGAAAGUUUGUGAACCCCACAGCGAUGGUCAGAUUUUUUGUAAAAAAAACUAAAAUAACCUUAUUAAAUGUUAAGUUAUACCCAAAUCCACAAUACUGACAUUCCAAAUAAUGGACUGAAACAAAAGAAAUAGUUAUAUUGUCAUUCUUUAUUUAACAAAAGUGGUUGAUUUAAGAAAAACUCAGAUAUCAUGUGUGCAAAAGUAUGUGAACCCCUUCAGUUAAUAGGAUAUUGCGCCUCCUUUUGCAGAGAUUACCUCAACCAAACGGUUUCUGUAGUGACUAAUCAGCCUCUCACAUCUACUUUGGGAGAUUUUUGCCCAUUCUUCCUUGCAGAACGCAGUCAGUUGAGAGAGGUUUGAUGGGCGUCUGGCAUGAACUGCUCGCUUCAGGUCCCGCCACAGCAUUUCAAUGGGAUUUAGGUCAGGACUUUGACUGGGCCAGUCCAGAACACGAAUCUUCUUCUUUUUCAGCCAUUCCUUGGUUGUAUUGCUGGAAUGCUUUGGAUCAUUAUCAUGUUGCAUGAUCCACCUUCUGCCAAGCUUUAACUUCAAAACAGAUGGCGUCAGGUUAUGUUCUAGGAUUUGACAAUAUUCCUCAGAAUUCAUGAUUCCCUGGACUAUGUGGAGUUGUCCAGGUCCUGAGGAUGAAAAGCAAGCCCAGAUCUUGACAUUCCCACCUCCAUGCUUCACUGUUGGGAGAAGGUUCUUUUGGUGGUAUGCAGUGUUGACUUUUCGCCAGACAUGGCGGUUUUGGUUGUGACCAAACAGUUCAAUUUUGCACCUACAUCAGUUGAUGAAAACUCUUUUUAAUUUAGUCUCGACAACACAACUGUUAAAAAAACAAACAAAAAAAACUACUGAAUUGAUUGAUUAGGAAAUCAGGUUGAAAUAAUAGAAAAUUCCAAAAUGUUGAGGGGGUUCACAAACUUUUGAGCAGCACUGUAAAUAGAUGUUGCUAAUUUGUUAAAUGUUAGAUAAGUGAUAUCACAAUUGUUGACACUGUUUAUUUCAAAUCUUGUAUCACAAUGGAAUUUUGAUUUGAAUCCCACUUUACCAAUGUGUUGGAUCUAUUAAGCAAGUUCUAUGUUAUUUCCAGUAUGUCAGUUGUCUUUUUUAUACACUUGUAAAUGUUGAAUUUGGCAGAAAACUUAAAGGCUACACUUGGGGGGGGCACAUUUUUUAAAGUAAAACACCAGCACCCUCAUUCGAACACCUAAUGAACAAGUGAUCACUAUCUUGACUGAUCUUGAGUUACUAUAAAAUAAAUGAAUACAUAAAUAAAAUUAAACUCACUAGCAGUAGAAUUUAUGGAGGGGUUCACCUCCAAAUAAUGAUUAUUUACAGACAAAUGCAAUCUUAUAUUCCUCCUAAUAUGUGAACAAUUUGUUGGACUGAUAAAAUUAAAUUGGGAUUUUGGUAAUGUGUGCGCCACACUGCCCCUCCGAGGCCAGACUCCCACACAGCAGCAAAACAUUAUUUUUAGGGCCCGAGCACUAAGCGUGCGAAGGCCCUAUUGUUUUGCAAAGGAUUAUUUUUUUAAUUAAAUUUAAUUUUUUUCAGGGCAAAUGAAAACGGCCAAUUUGGAGGCUUGAACAUGCACGAAAAGUCACCAAAAUUCUCACAUACGUGCGGAAAAUUGUAAAUUUCGAUAAUUUUGCAACGUUGCAAAAAAAUGUAACAAAAUGGCUCAGUGGCGCCCCCUUGAAAUUUUAAAAUUGGCCUAUAACACCAGGGUCUGUCAGCGUAGAGCAGUUAAAUUUGGGGAGUUUAUACCUUGUCCAAAACCGCUCCAAAAAAGCAUUGGCACCCAUAUUCCAAACCCAACAGGAAAUCGGUUAUUUUGGAUCGAAUGUGAAUUUUUUAUCGAUUUACAGGGUGCACAUUUGAGACCUUUUCGCCGAGGGAGUUAGUUGGAUCAUCUUCAAAAUUGGUGAGACUGUUCAGGAGACAUAUGACAUCUUAAGUUUUUAAAAUGGUGUGUUUUCAUUCACGGGUCUGACCUGGGCGUGGUGCCAAAGUCGGCCAUUUUUUCGGCAAAAUGACAAAUUCAGUAAAUGACUAAUAGUUACUUGACACAACAUUCAAUCUUUUUCAUAUCUGGCAUGUACAGUGGGGAGAGCAAGUAUUUGAUACACAGUCAAUGGGAAAACCCAUUGGCAGUGUAUCAAAUACAUGUUCUCCCCACUGUAUGUGCGGUAUCCCACCCUUAACACGGGUGCAUUGAAAUAUUACCCAUUAGGCCUAGCGCCCCCUAGUGAGAACAGGAAAUGCCUUUUUUUAACGAGACAGGUUCCUCCUCCAAGGGAAAAAAAUCAGUUGACCUCAAACCUGGAUCAGGGGAGCCUUAAGACCUUUGUUCAGGUGCCUGAUGAAAAAUAUUGAGGUUUCGUUGAAGCGGAGGGGUCCAAACAGGAAAGUGAAAAUGACAGUCAACAAUUUGUCUCGCAAAAAACUUUGAACAGUCAUAACUCGGUAGCUAUACAACAUAUCUGCGCCAAACUUCCGGUGCUUGUUGAGAGUCAUACCCUGAAGGGUCUUGUAGGGGUCAUUUGCAUCAACUCUACAGUGCCAACUAGUGGCGACGGAAAGGAGUUUUUAAAAAGGCCUUUCCUAUUGGGUUUUUUCAACAUAGAGCAAUGAAAUUUGGGGAGUCCAUACCUUAUGCAAAACUGUUCCAAAAAGUCUCUUGCACCCAUUUUCUAAAUCCAAAAGAAAAUCGGGUAUUUUGGAUCAAAUGUGAAAUGUUUAUCUAUUUGUAGUAUAGUUUACAUUUGGAGGCCUGAACAUGCACGAAAACUUACCAAAUUUUGCACAUACAUGCGGCUUUGCGUGGAUUUCGAUCAUCUUGCGACGUUACAAAAAAAAAAAUGUAACAAAAUGGCUCAGUGGCGCCCCCUUGAAUUUUUCAAAAAGGUGUUUCCUAUUAGUUUUUUUUAAUGUAGAGCAAUGAAAUUUGGGGAGUCAAUACCUUGUGCAUAACUGCUCCAAAAAGUCUCUUGAACCCAUAUUCCAAAUCCCAGGAAAUCGGUAUUUUGGAUCGAAUGUGAAAUUUUUAUCAAUUAACAGGGUGCACAUUUGAGACCUUGUCACAGAUGGAGUUAGUUGGAUCAUCUUCAAAAUUGGUUAGACUAUUCAGGAGACAUAGGCGAUCUUAAAUUUUCAAAACAAACCUUGGAUGACCAAGACGCUUAUCAACGCAAAAAGAAAACAGCUCUGUAUAAGUAUUCCAAAGGACAGGGCCUGCUUAGGAGGAGUUUAAGAAAUAUAGAAAUGAGCUAAACUCCCUACACCAACUUAGACAUCAACUGAUACAAUGAACCCACUCAAAUUGACAAUAUGUGAAAUUCCAUGGCAAUCAAUGACUUGAAUGAUAUGUGGAAAAAAAAACAACAAAAAACUGAUAAUAACUGGACUGUAACACAAAUAUGCUUGACUGUGCGUCCCGGGCUGUUGGGGGACGGGUAUCGAUAAGCAUUUGCUUUUUCCCGUCUUUCCUUUGUCAUCGUCUGUCUUUCGGGCAAAUUCCACACUCUGAAACUGUCAAUGAUUAUGAUGAUGAU